GAGAGCGCGACGUAGAUGUUUGUUCCAAGGUCUUCCCGUACCGUCCAGGCGGCGAGUCGCCUCCUGGUUUCGAAGUGUGUCCGGCGUGUGUCAGUUGUUGUCCGGCAGCGGUCGCCACUGCGGGCAUGAACCGCGAGAGCUUCGCGGCGGGCGAGCGGCUGGUGUCGCCGGCUUACGUGCGGCAGGGCUGUGAGGCCCGCCGCUCGCACGAGCACCUCAUACGGCUGCUUCUGGAGAAGGGCAAGUGUCCAGAGGAUGGUUGGGAUGAAAGUACACUUGAACUCUUUUUACAUGAACUUGCAAUUAUGGAUAGCAACAAUUUCCUGGGCAAUUGUGGUGUGGGAGAAAGGGAAGGGAGAGUGGCAUCUGCAUUAGUUGCUCGGCGACAUUACAGGUUCAUUCAUGGAAUUGGACGAUCGGGUGAUAUUUCUGCUGUGCAACCCAAAGCUGCAGGUUCUAGCCUUUUGAACAAAAUUACCAAUUCUUUGGUCCUGGACAUCAUAAAGUUGGCUGGUGUCCAUACGGUGACCAACUGCUUUGUAGUUCCGAUGGCAACUGGUAUGAGUCUAACCCUGUGUUUCUUAACAUUACGACACAAAAGACCAAAAGCAAAGUACAUUAUAUGGCCACGAAUAGACCAGAAGUCCUGCUUUAAAUCCAUGAUCACUGCAGGUUUUGAGCCUGUGGUGAUAGAGAACGUUUUAGAAGGUGACGAACUACGCACAGACCUGAAAGCAGUGGAGGCUAAAGUCCAGGAACUUGGGCCUGAUUACGUUCUUUGUGUUCAUUCUACUACAUCCUGUUUUGCUCCAAGGGUGCCUGAUAGAUUAGAAGAACUGGCUGUGAUUUGUGCUAAUUAUGGCAUUCCACAUAUAGUUAACAAUGCUUAUGGAGUGCAGUCUUCAAAGUGCAUGCACCUCAUUCAGCAGGGGGCUCGGGUUGGUAGAAUAGAUGCUUUCGUUCAGAGCUUGGACAAAAAUUUUAUGGUUCCAGUAGGUGGCGCUAUAAUUGCUGGCUUUAAUGAUUCCUUCAUUCAGGAAAUCAGCAAGAUGUAUCCAGGAAGAGCUUCAGCUUCACCUACUUUAGAUGUCCUUAUUACUUUAUUAUCACUUGGAUCGAAUGGCUACAAGAAGCUAUUAAAAGAAAGAAAGGAAAUGUUUUCAUAUUUGUCCAACCAACUAAAGAAGCUGUCAGAAGCCUACAAUGAAAGAGUGUUGCAUACACCUCACAAUCCCAUAUCUUUAGCUAUGACACUUAAAACACUAGAUAAACACUAUGACAAAGCUGUCACUCAGCUUGGCUCCAUGCUUUUUACCAGACAGGUUUCUGGAGCCAGGGUUGUGCCUCUUGGGUCUUUGCAGACGGUGAGUGGCUACACUUUCAGAGGCUUUAUGUCACAUACAAAUAAUUACCCUUGUGCUUACCUCAAUGCCGCAUCAGCCAUCGGUAUGAAGACACAGGAUGUGGACUUGUUCAUAAAGAGACUUGACAAGUGUUUAAAGACAGUAGGAAAAGAACAAAAUAAAGAGAGUGAUGUAUCUGGAGUUGACAAUUAUGAUAAAACUGAAGAUGUGGAUAUAGAAGAAAUGGCUUUAAAAAUAGAUAAUGUACUUCUUGGCACAUGCCAGGAUUCUUCCUGAUGACAUGUGAAGGGUUUCUUUGUGAUAAUUUAAAAAAAGUGAUGAGGCUACAGUAUAAGCUAGCAGUUCAA